AUGUCUCCUCAUCGGUCACCAUCACAAUCUGUCGAUGGUAUCAGCCCCGCCACCAACAAUGUCGUUGGUGAUGAUAGCUCGCCGAGAACUAGCUUCGGAGAAAACAGCGAAGAAGAUCCCAUUACUGAACCGCCUUAUUCCGCCCUGAUCUAUGACGCCUUAAAAGAUGCUCCCCAAAGGAAGUUGACCCUCAAAGACGUCUAUGGAUGGUUUCAACGCAAUACCAACAAGGACAGGGAUCCAAAUUCGAAAGGUUGGCAGAACAGCAUCCGCCACAAUCUGUCUAUGAAUGCAGGGUUCGAGGCCAUCAAGGGUGAAGACAAAGACAAUAAACCAGUCAAUUACUGGCGUCUUACAGAUGAAGCGUAUCAAGAUGGCAUUCAAUCGACGACCCGAUAUCGCAAGGCCAACCAUCGCAAGGGGAACAGUUCAGACCACACAGCCCGCGAGCGUCGCCGCUCUGGGUCCAAAGGUGGAAAGGCAGCGAAAAAUGCGGCUAGGAUGCGCAAUAGUCCGCAUUACGAGCAGUUUAGGGACCAGAAGUACGAGCAUUCGACGCUACAUACACCCCGCUCGCUGGGUCAGCCUCAUCGGCAACAGCUACGCCCCCCAAUUCGCGCUCCGCAAAUCAAUGCUAGCAUUUCGCCCUACCAGAUGACUCUAGGGCCGACCCCGUCCGGACUUCCUAGCACGAACUCAUCUCAAAACCACGCUCCCGAUGAUGUGAUCAGCUGCACAACCCCUCCUCCCGGAAACUAUCCUGUAUUUUAUGGCACUGGAGGAUUGGAAUCUUUAGUCUUGGGCAUGGGCCAAGUGGGCUAUCAUGGACCGGUCUACACCCACCAUGGACUUCGUAUUAGCCCCGAUACUACAAGUGAUCUCCAAUUUGUGCGAGGAUAA